UUAAAAAGUAAUUCGAUUUGAGGUUAGGUUUUCCAAAUCGUAAACAAUUGGAUUGUUUGAAAGACUAUCGCAAAUUGCAUCGGUGAUUUUCAGCCAAAGAGCCUCAAUUUGAAGAAGAAAUGUCGUCAGUUCAAACCGAGUCAACAACAUUACCGUCAUCGAGCAGCAAUGACGAUGCAACAAUCGAAAAGGUCGAAAGCCACUGGCGCGGUCAUUUUUUCACCGCCGAAAUAUCCGAAGAACUGUACACAUUUCGUGUAUUGAAAAUGAAUCAAUCGCUCUUCAUUUACAUUGGACAAUUUGAAAACGAAGUAUUGGAUGAAUUGGCGAUGUCGGUACCGGUGGAGGAUUUUGUCAGCACAACAAUUAUUGGCACACUACAUGGUUGUGAUUCACAAGAGUUGGCCCAACAAUUUACGCGUCGUCUUAAAAAACAGGUCUUUGUUAGCUGUAACAUUCCAUCAAAUAAUCUCACACGUUUAAUGCUCGUAAAACGAAUUGCCGAGGAAAUGAAAAAUGUCCCCGAUGCUUUUUGAUAUUUUUUUUUGUUAUUUCCGCAUUGAAAUAAAUAAAUAAGUAUAUUUUACUGAA